CUUUGACAGGCGAGGAGGUGAUCAAAGUUGCUGCAGGGUCCCACCAUUCACUCGCCCUCACCGCCCACUGCCAGGUGUACUCUUGGGGCAGCAACAUGUGUGGACAGCUCGGUCACGUCAACAGUCCUGUCACUGUACCUCAACAGAUAAAGCUGUCUGAUGGUCUUCGGGUUUGGGACUUGUCCGCGGGGCAGAGCCACUCCCUCCUCCUGGCUGAUGGAGACUGUGUGCAGCCGGUCCUGUUGUACUGCGGCCAGCAGCAAGAGCAAACGUCAGCCCAGAGUGAGAAGUCACAGCAGGGUCAAAGGUCAUGCCAGAGGUCACCAAACAGAGCUGAGAGUUACACAGUCAGACCCAGCCUGCUGCCCUUCUGCAUGGAGAUGGGUUACAUCAGCAGCGUGUGCAGCGGGGGUCAGCGCUGUGCGGUGCUGGCAGACCAGAACGUCAUGGGAUUCAUAUCGGCCAUCCAUGAGCUGGCCUCCAUAGAGAGACACUUCUACUGCUGGCUGAGCAGCGCUAAGAAGCUCCUCCUCACUCCGCUGCGGAAUAAAGAGAGUGUGUGUCCUUCGUUAGGUGAGCCAUGCACGCACCUCUUCUUCUCUCUCUGUGAGAGUUUUGUUCGUCUGAGCAUCCUGAUUGGCCGACACUCCACGUCACUAAGCUACUUCCUGCUUGAAGUGCAGAGCUCUGACGUCACUGCCCUUCCCCUGCUGACGCACACUGAGCACUUUAUGGACAUUUAUAAAGAGUAUUGUUCUUCAGUGGGUAACUUUGAGGUGAUGGGUGGAUUCCGAUCACUCCAAAAACUCUCACUUGAGUGUUUGGGCUCUCAGCAGACGGUGCUGGCUCAGCUGUGUGCAGACCAGUCCAUCGGUGGUGACGUUGAUUUGGUUUCUGUGUUUUACCGGCCGCUGCAGCAGCUGCACCAGUACAGCCGAGUCAUGCUCAAACUGACAGCCUGUUUCGAUGUGUUAACUGCAGAGUAUCAGUUCCUCCAUCAGGGCUGCAACCAGUUUGACUCCCUGUCCUUGUCCCUGUUGAGGAAGAAAAAGGAGGCUGAAACCACCUUCCUCUUCUGGAAGAGCCACUCUGGAAAAACUACAGAGGUCCUGCGCCUCCCUCAGCGCCGCGUGGUGUGUGAGAGCAGCAACAGAUCUCUGACUCUGCAGAACGCCGGGCGGUUCUCCAACCACUGGUUCAUUCUGUUCAACGACACACUGGUGCACACACAGGGUGCCAUUCCCUCUCAGAGCCUCUUCUCCACGCAUCACAUCUACCCUCUGAGCUGUCUGUGGGUGAAACCAGUUACUGAAGACAGCAGUGGACAUUAUGCCAUCAAGAUUACAUGCCCGGAGGAGAGUUUCACCCUGGUCGCUUCAACCCCACAAGAGAAGAAUAAGUGGCUACGGUCUCUUAACCAGGCGGUGGAUCAGGUGCUGGGGGGUGCAGGUCAGGGGUCGUCUCCCGGGCUGACAGCGAUGGCCCGCACGGCCCCCUACACGUUCACUGGAGAGGGAUGCUUUAAAGACGCCCAGUACACCGGGGCCUGGCUGGCAGGGCGACUUCAUGGCAGAGGCACCAUGAAGUGGCCAGAUGGACGCACCUACAGAGGGAACUUUAAGAAAGGACAGGAGGAAGGCUAUGGAGAGUGUUUAAUACCUAACAAAGUACUGAAUAAGCCAGACAGCUACCAAGGACAGUGGAGAGAUGGCAAGAUCCAUGGCUUCGGCAAGUACAAGUAUGCGUGUGGCGAGGUGUACGAGGGCUGUUUCUGUGACGGACAGCGCCACGGUUACGGCAUGCUGAGCUCCGGUAAACUGGCCAAGAACUCCUCCAGCGUUUUCAUUGGCCAGUGGGUCCAUGACGGGAAGUCAGGAUACGGAGUCUACGACGACAUGACCAGAGGUGAGAAAUACAUGGGACUGUGGCUGGACGAGCAGCGCCAUGGCAACGCUGUGGUUGUCACUCAGUGCGGUGUGUACUAUGAAGGGACCUUCAAAGACAACAAGAUGUGUGGUCCAGGUCUGUUGGUGUCAGAUGACGACACAGCUUUACAUGGGGAGUUUUCUGAUGACUGGAUUGUCAAUGGGAAGGGUGUUUUAUCCCUGGCUAACGGGGACUGUCUGGAGGGCCAGUUCACUGGAGAGUGGACCUCCGGGCUGAAGGUGGUGGGAACGUACACCAAACCCCCCCCAGAAGAACCAGAAAACAAAGAGAGGAGCAGCCUGCACAAAGUGGGUCAGUACCUGGUUCCUGCAACUCAGAGGUGGCUGUGUGUAUUCAAUGAGUGCUGGAGUCGGCUGGGCUGUGAGGCUCCGGGGAGAGGAGAGAGGGCCGCAGCCUGGGACAACAUCGCCGUUACCAUAACAACCGCACGACGACAGAGCAUAGAUCUCACUAGGUCUCAGAGUAAAGUGUUGGAGUGUUUGGAGUUCAUUCCCCACCACGGAGACCCAGUGACCACCGCUAACUACGACAACAUACGACGAUACCUCAGCAAGGCGUGUGAGACCCCCCACCACCCUCUGGGCUGGCUGGUGGAGACCCUGGUGACGGUCUACAGGAUGACGUACGUGGGGGUGGGGUCAAACCGACGGCUGCUCCGGCAGGCGGUGCAGGAGCUGCUGGCCUUCCUCACACACUUCUACAGCAUCGUCAGAUUUCUGUUUCCGGGGUUACCAGAAGAUGGCGGCAUCAUCCCAGACCCUCCUGCCUCUGCCUCUGAAGGCGAACACAACUCUAACGUAGCAGAGCAAGUUGUUAUGGUGGUGAGCUGUUCCUCGCUGCUCCUCCCCCAGCUGCUCCCCCGUCUCUACCCCCCCCUCUUCACCCUGUACUGCCUGCAGGAGGAGCAGGAGGAGGCUCUGUACUGGGAGCGCGUCCUCCGACUCAACAAGCAGCCCGACCAAUCACUGCUCAGCUUCCUGGGAGUGCAGGAGAAGUUCUGGCCAGUGUGGAUGUCAAUCCUUGGAGAUAAAAAGCAGAUUGUAUCCAGCAGUAAAGAUGCCUGUUUUGUUUCUGCUGUUGAGACUCUCCAACUAAUCAGCACCACCUUCACUCCGUCAGACAAACUCCUCAUCAUCCAGAGGACGUUUGAAGAGAUGACCCAGGAAGGGAAACCUAUGCUGGAUGGAAACUUCCUGUGGUGCAUGGACGACCUGCUGCCUCUCUUCCUCUAUGUGGUGCUCAGGGCGAG